GUGGUAUCAUGAAAUUCGAGGUUAGUUGUACAUUGCUAGAAAAGCGUAUUUACGAGCCGUCAGAUAAGAGGGCUUCAGUGAUGAGGAAAUGCCCAAAGUUUAAGUUUGUUGAAAAGUUCAGAUCGAUGACCUCUUGAUUUAGUCAACUGAUCAAGUCUCUAAAGUUUGAUGAUGUCGGUGAACAUGGUGUCUAACAUCAGUCCAGUAGGGGGAGUAAGUGAGACACAUUCUGCCACAGUGGGAGGGAGUAAACCCCUGCACCGCUUCAUAAGAGGGGAGCCGAAGAGUAUUGGGAUUGUAAUGCUGUUCAUGGGCUCAUCACUCUUCCUCUUGGCGAUUCCCAUGAGAAUGGAUCCACUGGAGUCCUCUGCGGAGAAUUUCACCUCUUUUUGGCUAGGAAUCCUUUUCAUCAUCUGUGGGCUGUUAUACGUGUUCACAGAGAAGAAUACUUCAAAACAAUUGGUGACAGCAAGCCUGGCCCUUAGUAUCAUCUCUAUAUUGGGGGUCACAGUGGCUUUCUUUGAAUUCCUUAAAGGCAUCCUGAACAUGCAGUAUUACCAUUACCGCUAUUAUUAUUCCUACUAUGAUGACAUCACAAACUCUACCAGAGUUGAUGUCCCCUGGCGUAAACAUCAUACGGGCCAGUUGCUCAGCCUUGAGGCUGUAUUCAUGUAUCAGAGCUUAGUGGGAAUGGUGUUCCUAAUAAUGAUGACAGCAUUUGCCAGGGCUGCCUUGCGGUCCAGUAAGACACAGGCAAUUGUGGUAAUGAACAAUCUACCAUCAGCAGACUGAAUGAAGAAAAAGCAAGCCUUUUAUGACUGUCUCUGCCAUGAUGGAUGGAUCGAAAACUUGCAUUUAUUGAUAUAAAAUAAAUGUAUUCAAUGUGUAGAACAUUUAAUUAAAGCCGCAUAUAGAAAUUGUCUUUGUAUACACUUUACUUUGAAAUAAAUGUAAUAAAAUAACACAUCCAUGUAAUACAAUAAACAAUUAACAUGAUAUCAUUA